GCGUGGCAAUCGCACGGAAUCAAUUCCGCAAUGCUGGUUGAGCAACUGAAAAAAGCCAUCUAUCACAUUAGUCGACGACGGUAUACUCGCAAUCAAGCGUUGAAGAAAAAAUUAAAACAAUUAAAUACAUGUUUCUAAUUGUUUUGCUGGCUACAAGGAAACUUAGGAACUCGAAUGCCUGGGGCCCGAGAGCACGCAUCGGAGGGUUCGAAUUCCCCUUACAACACGAAGAGGAGAUUGAACAUUUGGAGUUGGUUGUUCGAACAGAUCACCGUAUUCGUGCUGAAUUCAUUUAUUUCCUCAGGAAUAAAAAAUCACCAAAAAUGGACGUGGUCGACUGUUUUAGUCUGUUCUUUAGCGAUCAUUCAAUGGUCAAUUUCAGCUGGAAUGGCGUAUCGAAUCAGCGAUUCCCGAAACGAGCGAUGAAGUCAUACGACAUUUUCACCACUUGUAUGCUGGAAGCAUGGUUCGAUCAGGGCAUCUCCUCCGAGAUCAUCACAAGUAGACUGAAACGAACGAUUGAAAAGAUAAACAAUCGGCGCAACGUGCAGCGCUCGAAACGUCGGCGUAAAGAAAAACUCCUAGCGAUCGCUGAACCGAACUCUGACAAAACUGAACAAAUGAUUCCCAAGGUGAAGAUCCGACAAGAUUUACUCCAGCAUUCGGUCCGCUGCAAAGAGCAAGUGGGAUGUUUCGAGAUUGGAGAGAAAACGGAUUAUCAUCUGGCACCAUUACGACCACUGCGUUUAUCAGAGGAUGACGGUGACAGAACCAUCAGAACCAAUUACACAUUUCCAAUAACCGAUCCGGAUACUCUCGAGGAUUUGGAGCAUGCGGUUAGAAAUGAUUUCAAAACAAGGCAAAGAUACAUAGAUUUUCUCAAACGCAUCAAAACCCGCGACGAGGAGCUAUCGAGUGCGGAGGUGUUUCGCCGUAUCUGUAGCGACUCAGCUAUAUUCACACAUUUCUCUUUCACGACCGCCACACUUUGCGUGGACGGAAGGAAGAGAGAAGCGUUGAGGGAUUUCAUUAUCUUUGGUGUUUGUAUGUUCGAUGCUUGGUCGGACCAUAACGAUAUUGCUGUGAAGAGCCUCACACUCACAAUGAAGCGCCUGAUCAAGCGCAUCAAUGUCCGUAACUAUGCCCGACUGGAACAUCAAAAGUGUUCUAAUUUAUGAUUGCAUGACAUGGCAAUAGGCACUGAUGAAACUACUCACGCAGCAUCAAUCAUAGUAACCGAUGAGCCAGCAGAAAAAAAAUAACAGCUCUAUCAGCCGGAUUUUGCGUCGGCCCACUACUUGAAGCGAUCAUUAGAGGAUAUGGAACGGCUGAAUAUCGAUGAGGUACUCAAGUCGGAGAACCCGCCUAACGUCCCCCAGCUGCGUUUCUUCGAGAAUUUCUGGGCAAACAUGAAGCGUAAGAUCUACUUCAACAAUUUUUUCGCGAAAACUGAGAAGGGAUUGAUGAAUAACACGAAGAAAGAAAUCAAAAACGUGCCUACACGCAUGAUUUCGUCCGCCAUGGCGAAUGAUCCUGUUAACUGCCGGAAGGCCGCUCGCAAGGGCGUAGAAUUUUUUUGCAACCCUACCACUCAUCACCAAGCAACAGUGUUGCAACGCCCUCCAAAAAAAACUCGAGUUAGAAAAAGGGAUUGCUUGACUUACAUGAAGAUGAACUUUAUUACAGAGCUAUGAUUCAGGAAGACGACGGUUCCGUUACCAGAUGUGUACGAUAAUGAGGAAUGAAGCAAAAAACCCUGUCUAUUGUCUACACUUAUUAAUAAAAAAAGAGCUUCGCCAUUGAAAGUGUUUUCUUUUCCUCCCAUACGUACUAGCCAAUGAUUUCUAAUACUUUCAACUAUCUUUGGUCUGUACCCUUUAGCCUCCUCACGCCGGUCCGCACUACCUGCGAAAACCAAGGACGCAUUGAAACAAAGAUCUCGCAUUGUAUCCAUGAAAACGGCCACCCGUUUGUCCACCCUGAGUGCUGCGCGAAGCGUUGGCGUUGAUGAUUUCACCUUUCCACUGCAAACAGCCGAUGAAAUCGAAAGCCUGGAGGCGGCUGUGCGGGGAAGUCGGUUGAUCUGGGAUCAGUAUGUUCACUAUCUGCGCGAUAAGAAAACCGAGGCAAUGGACAUUCCGAGUGUGAUGAAGUUGCUAUUCCUGGACGAAGCAUUGGACGGAUACAAUCUCAACGGUAUACAAGGUCGUAUGCGACAGAAACGUCCCUUGAAAAUGUAUGCCAUUUUCGUCGAUUGUAUGCUCGCUGUUUGGUCGGAAUACAAUCAGCAAGAGUUGUGCGAAAUAAUAGCAGGUGCCUUACGUAAAACACGACACCGACACACUAAACGUGUGUACCGUGCCAAGAAAGGAAGGAAGGAGGACGAGCACCAGACAUUUGAGCCACACGCAGUAUGGCUUGGGCUACCGCCUCCUCAAUAGCCGAUGAAGAAUUCAGAUAUCAAUAAACUGUACUUUACAUUCAGAAAAACUUAUUUUAUUACUAAAAGUUUAGGUUUGUUUGAGGUUGUAUAGCUGUAACGCUCUUCUCUAUUGCAGUUUUCAAACGGAUUCAGCUGUUCAAGCAAAGCGCUCAAAAUGGGGUUGACAAUUUCCUGUUCCCAAUACCGGACUGCGACACUAUAGAGCGGCUAGAGGCUUCCGUGAGAAUGUUUCCCAGCAUCAGAAAGCAAUACAUUGAACACCUUCGCAGGGUGAAGGGCCAAACUAUGGAUAUCGCCAAGGCAUUCCCUGUGCUGUUCUCCGACGCAGCGCUUGAGAUGUACAACUACAGUGGGACUGGCCGGAAGGAGCGCAGGCCCAUGAAAGACUAUCAGAUCUUCCACGAUUGCAUGCUAGAGGCAUGGUCCGAGGACGGCGUGAACGAAACAGGUCUGCAGGACAGCAUCAACAUAGUCAUUAAGCGAGCCGAUGGGCGAAAGAGAGCUAAACUGUUUAACUUUCGGCGACGCAUCUUCCAAAAUGUUGGCACAAUCUUCUCGAGUUUUCCCGACAUUCAGUCGUAAGGGGACGCGUCGGGUGGAGUAGCUCAAUCUAUCUAGAAUAAGUUCACAGCUUUCGACGAAGCAAUAUAUUUAUUUUACUGUAUUUUAACGCCGCGAUUUUAUAUUUGAAACAAUCAUAUUAUUUAUUUACUACGAAAAUGCGACAGCUAGCAGUAAUGACUGAUUUCAGACAAAAAAAACUAUUGAGGUUUCGUGCGAAGCGUGGAACCCUACUCAACAAUAUUAUAUUCUAAGCUCACAAAAUCAACUGGCACACGUGCAAUGUAAACAAAUGCAAUUCACACAUUCGCUGACUUGGAACGUAAUCGAAAGGUUGUUAGCAUAACUAAGCUUCGUUCCUGAAAAUCAGAAAAUUCCUGAAAAAAAUAAAAACCUUAAUGGUCAUACCAAUUGUCGUGUCACAGAAUCUCCAAGAACCACAGUUAGCUAUUUCAAAACGUUUCGUUACCUUAUUUCAUAGAUUGUUCAUUUUACAUUCCCCCAGCAGCUGUCACCAUCCGGGUUGUUAGCGAGGACAAACUACUCUCCAAGUACGAUGACCACGUGGAUAUAGACAGCCCGCCC